AGCAGCUCCUCCAAGAUGGCGGCAGCGACGGCGGACUCGGGAGCUGGGAGCCCGCAGGCUGUUGACUCCGCGGCCGGGGGCGCCGGGGCCGCGCUUCCGUCCCCCGGGGAGCAGGAGCUGAGCCGGCGCUUGCAACGCCUGUACCCCGCGGUCAACCAGCACGAGACGCCGCUGCCGCGCUCCUGGAGCCCCAAGGACAAGUACAACUACAUCGGCCUCUCCCAGGGCAACCUCCGCGUCCACUACAAAGGUCAUGGCAAAAAUCACAAAGAUGCGGCUUCUGUGCGAGCCACCCACCCCAUCCCUGCGGCCUGUGGCAUUUAUUACUUUGAGGUGAAGAUUGUCAGCAAAGGAAGAGAUGGGUACAUGGGAAUAGGACUCUCAGCUCAAGGCGUCAACAUGAACAGACUUCCUGGUUGGGACAAGCAUUCCUAUGGUUACCAUGGUGACGACGGGCAUUCUUUCUGCUCCUCCGGGACUGGCCAGCCCUACGGCCCCACAUUCACCACUGGAGAUGUGAUUGGCUGCUGUGUCAACCUCAUCAAUGGCACCUGCUUCUACACCAAGAAUGGCCACAGUCUAGGCAUAGCCUUCACAGAUCUUCCGGCCAACCUCUACCCCACAGUAGGCCUACAGACACCUGGGGAAAUUGUGGACGCUAACUUCGGGCAACAGCCUUUUCUGUUCGACAUUGAGGACUACAUGCGGGAGUGGCGUGCUAAGGUUCAGGGCACAGUGCACUGUUUCCCCAUCGGCGCCCGGCUCGGCGAGUGGCAGGCGGUGCUGCAGAACAUGGUCUCCUCUUAUCUGGUGCACCAUGGAUAUUGUGCCACAGCCACAGCCUUUGCCCGAAUGACUGAAACUCCAAUUCAGGAAGAGCAAGCCUCCAUAAAGAACAGACAAAAGAUCCAGAAGCUGGUGCUAGAGGGCCGUGUGGGCGAGGCCAUUGAGACCACGCAGCACUUCUACCCAGGGCUCCUGGAGCAUAACCCCAACCUGCUCUUCAUGCUCAAGUGCCGCCAGUUUGUGGAGAUGGUGAAUGGGACCGACAGUGAGGUCCGAAGCCUGAGCUCCCGAAGCCCCAAGUCCCAGGACAGCUACCCCGGCUCCCCCAACCUCAGCCCCCGCCAUGGCCCCAGUUCCCACAUGCACAACACAGGAGCGGACAGUCCAAGCUGUAGUAAUGGCAUCAUGUCCACCAAGAGCAAACAGAACCACAGUAAAUACCCCGCGCCCAGCUCCUCGUCCUCAUCCUCAUCCUCCUCAUCCUCCUCGUCCCCAUCGUCCGUCAAUUACUCUGAGUCCAACUCUACAGAUUCUACCAAGUCUCAGCCUCACAGCAGCACAAGUAACCAGGAGACCAGUGACAGUGAGAUGGAGAUGGAGGCAGAGCAUUACCCCAAUGGUGUCCUCGAGAGCGUGUCUACCCGCAUUGUCAAUGGUGCCUACAAGCAUGAGGACCUGCAGACGGACGAGUCCAGCAUGGAUGAUGGGCAUCCUCGGCGGCAGCUCUGCGGGGGCAACCAGGCUGCCACGGAGCGGAUCAUCCUGUUUGGCCGGGAGCUGCAGGCACUCAGCGAACAGCUGGGUCGUGAGUACGGCAAGAACUUGGCCCACACAGAGAUGCUGCAGGAUGCUUUUAGCCUGCUGGCGUAUUCAGACCCCUGGAGCUGCCCUGUGGGCCAGCAGCUCGACCCCAUCCAGAGGGAGCCCGUGUGCGCUGCCCUCAACAGCGCCAUUUUAGAAUCUCAGAACCUGCCAAAGCAGCCCCCUCUGAUGCUCGCUCUGGGCCAGGCAUCGGAAUGUCUACGACUCAUGGCCAGAGCGGGCCUGGGAUCUUGUUCCUUUGCCAGAGUUGAUGACUACUUGCACUAGCUGACCAUGUUGGCUGGCCCCACUGGGACCCCCUCAGCCUCAGGGCUGGAGCAGCCCCUGCCCUCCACAGGCACCUGGUGCAGGGACCUGUAAGCCAUGGGCAGAUUCACUCCGCCUGUUUGUCUCCUCCCUCCUGCUGUACCUUUCCCUCCCCUCCUUCCCUGCCUCCUCCUGUUCUGUCAUUUUCCUCCUUCCUUCCCUCCCUCCCUCCCUCCCUUCUUUCCUCCCUUCUUUCCUCCCUCCUUUCUCUCUUUGUCCCCUUUGCGUGCAGCGGCCUGUGAUACAGUAUUGGCUGGUUACUCUCAUGUAGCGCCUUCUACUUAAAAGGGGAUUUCAUUUUAAGGAGGGAUUGGGUUUUAAAUCUUUUAUUUUUUUCUCCUGACUGAGCCACCAGUAUUUUAUCUCUGGAGAGUUUGUGCUGAGCUGGUUUCUGCUACUUUAGUGAUGAAGCCUAUCCACGUUGGUCAUAGCUUAUUAUUUUCAUAAAUAAAAAAAUGAGAUUAUAUAUAUAAAUAUAUAUUAAAAAAGAGACAGUAUUUAUUAUAGUGUUAGUGGUCCAGCACCUCUGGGUGAGGCUGGCCAGACACCCUGUUUUUUGAGUCCAGCUCAUUAAAGAAGAAUGCUCUCUGUCACCUCAGCCAAAUGAUUGGUUUAUUUCAAAUGUCCCCUUCAUCGAGCCACUGGCCUAUCUGCAGCCCAGAAAGCCAUGUAGGUUUUGGUGGGCAGAUUAGGCUAAACUGGUUUGCAGUUUCCCAAGAAGUUCAGGUCCCCAGGCCCAGGAAACUGAAGUAAACAGGAACCAUAGAGCCAGCGAAGGGACAAGUUGGCCCAGGGCUACGUGAGGUUGUAGAAUGUUCUUGGCCAGCACGCUGUCUGCCGCUCUAUCCUGCCUCCUCUGUCUCUUUUCCCUUUCUACAUCUUGCCUCCUUUCAUUGUUAAGAUGGCCAAAUAAUUAAGUUAACUCUAAAUUGAUUGCUGGAAACUACCUGCCUUCAACUUGAGAGCUGCUGUGUUUCCGGUUGCGGCAAGGAAAGCGCCAUUCCCAGGACAGAGGCCCCUGAGCCUGGGGCUACCUUCCAGCCUGCCUGUGUCUUCAUGCCCCCCUGCCCAGUUCUGAUGGAGGUGGUGCUUGCUUUGGAGCAGCUUGGAGUUGGGGAGGCAGACUUGUGAGCCACCUGUUGGUGGGGUGGCUGAAAUCCUGGACUCCAGAGGCCAGAUCAUCGCCGCAGCUGGGCCACACUCAUUCUUAGGGGAGACAAUGAUGAAUAUUUGCUGACCAGAGGACAGAACCUAUUGGGCUUUCUCAGUGUCCACCAGCCUUUCACAGAUCCAUGGAACCAGGACAGACACAGUCCCGAUAUUGCCAUCAGAAAAUCAGGAGAGGAACUGAGUUGGCUGCCAGGACUCAGUCAACCAGCUGUGAGGACUGAGUAUACAGGAGGAGGAAAUAGAGGCACCUUUCCUGAGGAGCCCUAGGAGGACCUGGGGCUCUUCUCUUGCCCACCUGCUUCUCCAGGGAGGGGUGCACAAGUUGCCCCUGAAGAAGAGAUGAAGUUAGUAGCUCCAUAUCUGGUUCCUGGAAUGAGGCAAGCUCCUGUGUCAGGAGACAAAUGGAAUGGUUGGUGUGGCUGAGCCACUGGAACCUGUGGCUGGACAGCAUGAGACAUGAGAUGCUGGCAUCAGACCUACUGCUGGUGAGCAGCUCAGGCUCUGGCCCCAUGUUGGCUCAGAUUUUGCCCUGGACCUAAUACUAUAGACUGUUGCCUUUCCUUGGCACCCCCUGGGGCCCUGGCUGAUGGCCCCCAACCCUUGGCUUAUCAGGGAGGUGGCAUUUGUCUGGAAAGGCUCCCUCACCCAGAGGUGGAGAACAUCAGGCUGUUGCGGUGCUGACCUGAAAGGGACUAGGAACGAGAAUCAUGGGCUUUUGCAGCUAGAUUAGGGUUCAGAGAACAUGUGUGUCACCCCACCCGCACCCUGCCCAACCCCCUUUCAUUUAUAGAAGGAAGCAGGACCAGGAGAUUUAAGUGACUUGGUCAAAGUCACACAGCAAAUUAGUGGCAUGCUGGGAUUGACCCCUGUGGUUGGGUACUUCUGUUCAGUCCAAGCACGGGAUGAUGGUGUAAGGUACCCACCUUUGGGGGUUGUCAGGGCUUUGUUAGUGGAGCGGCUGAGAGAGGGCCCAGGACCACUGUGUGCUGCUUGGAGUUGGGUGUCCUCCUGACUCAGUUCCCAUGGCCACCUCUCCAUUUUCUGUGCCUUAUCUCACUGUUUCAGCUGAGUCCAAGUUGUUUACUCUGUUCCUCUCCAUAGGGGCUCUCUGUCCCAGUUGGACAACUUUCCUUUGGGACAUAAGCCUUUGCCCCACAAGCCGUGGAGAGGACUCUAACCAAGCUGCUUGAGCCCACUGUCUUGCUGUUCGUCUAAUAGGCUGGGCAUGGCUGUCAGCCACUGGUGCCCCUUAUGUACCACUCACUACAGGCUUCUGGAACCUCGAGUGGGGAAGGGACUGGAAGGAGCUCCAGUGGACUGGGUCCUUGGCGAUAAGAACACUUGGCCCUGUUAGUUGCCCGCCCAGGGCAGCAGCUUUCCCUACCCACCCAUUCCUCUUGGGGCACCAAAGGGUCUCUCUUGGCACAGCUUGCAAAGUAAGCCAGAACCCCUGGCCCUUGGAGCUCUGUGACUGAGUUGGAACAGGGACACCAAGAGAUGAAGAGGUGGGGUGUCUGGCCACCCAUCACCUUACUCCUCCAUAAGUAAGCACAAAGAAGAUGAGGCAGAGAACUGUCAGAGCUGCAAGUUCCUUUGGUUGCUCACAACUCAGGUAUGCACACCACAUGGCCGCCGGCCAGUCCCUGCCCUGGGAGCCGUGGCCUGGCGGGGCUCUGGCUGCCCCAGGCGCUGCCUCUGCAGAGGGCUCCUCCAUUUGUGACCACAGCCAAGACAGGUGACCUCCCCAGCGCACACACACUGGUUCUGCCCGUGUCCUUGCAAGUCCAUACUUGGCAUUAGCAUGAAACUUGUGGGCAUGGGAGAGCUUCGAAUUCUAACAUAAAACAUCUUACGAAAUUGUACUUGAGAGAUGAAAAAAAAAAACUCCUGUUGUAUUUUGACAGAUUAUUUUUAUUAAAAUACAUGUCCAUGGGCA